AGUUAUCUGUCACUUGAAAAUUCAUAAAAUUUAUGAGCAUAAUAUUGAAAUUAUUCAGAAAACAAUUGUAGAAAAUUAAACUAUUGACGUCUAAUUCAAAAGUCUAGUUAAAAACAGAUAAGAUUAAAAUUUAUCUGUACUUCAGACCCGACUUUGUAAACUUAGUUUUACCAAACCAAACAAUCAUUAUUUUGUUGUUAUAUUGAUCGAAUUUCCCCUGAAUCAAGAUGGGUAAAGCGGAAAAGGGUACUCCGAAGUACAUAGCGAACAAAAUGAAGGCUAAAGGCCUGCAAAAACUGCGGUGGUAUUGCCAAAUGUGUCAGAAACAGUGUCGUGAUGAAAACGGUUUCAAGUGCCAUACUAUGUCGGAGUCCCAUCAAAGGCAGCUGCUAUUGUUCGCUGACAACGCCUCGAAGUACAUAGACGAGUUCUCUAAAGAGUUUUCCGAUGGCUAUGUGGAGUUGCUACGACGUCAGUUUGGUACAAAGAGAGUUAGCGCUAACAAAGCCUAUCAAGACUAUAUAUCUAAUAGAGAUCACCUCCACAUGAAUGCCACACAAUGGGAGACCCUCACAGACUUUGUGAAGUGGUUGGGGAGAGAGGGCAAGUGUGUGGUGGACGAGACUGAGAAGGGCUGGUUUGUGGCAUACAUAGACAGGGAUCCCGCCACCAUCGCUGCGCAGGAAGCCAAGGCAAAGAAAGAGAAGCUGGAUAAAGAUGACCAGGAGAGAAUGCUGGAGUUUGUCCAGCGUCAAGUGGAGAAAGGAAAGAAGGAGUCCACACAGCAAGGACCAACGUACACAGAGCUGAAGAGAGAGAGCAGUCAGGAGAGACUCACUCUCAAUCUCAACCUGAAGAGGAAGACUGAAGAAUCAAAACCCAACACGUCAAUGUCAGCAUUCAAAAUGAAAUCCAAAGAGGAAUCCUCCGUGAAGAAACCAAAGUCCGAAGAGAAGAUCAAACAGAACGCCUUGGACGAAAUCAUGGCGACGCAAGAACGCGAGAAAGAGAAGGCGAAUAGAAAGGACUACUGGUUGAGAGAAGACAUAAUAGUUAAAAUUGUGACAAAAUCGCUCGGCGACAAAUUCUACAAGCGGAAAGCGGUCGUGGAGAGAGUGGUCGAUAAGUACGCUGCGCAUGUCAAACUGACAGAUGAAAAUGUCAAGCUGAAACUCGAUCAGAACCACGUGGAAACAGUGAUACCUUCGCCGGGGCGUGCGGUUUGCUUUGUGAACGGCGCGUACCGGGGCCAAGUAGGCGUGCUUAGGAGCAUCAAUACAGACCGGUUCUGCUGCGAAGUGGAGAUAUCACAGGGUCUUCUGAGAGGCAGAGUCCUGAAGGAUGUACAGUAUGAAGAUAUCAGCAAAUUAGCAUCGUGAUACAAACAAAAUUGAUAUAACAUAAGGAAAUAAAUCUUUAAGUAUCUA